AUGGCCACACAUGGAGCCAAAUCAUUCACUGGCAAAAACAUAGGAAUGGUGAAACUUUUGAAAGACAAAUUAACAACUGAAAAUCCAGGCAGUGAUAUUUUAUCAUUCCACUGUAUUUUGCAUCAAGAAAGUUUGUGCAAAUCAGCAUUGGAUAUUAAGCACGUGAUUGAGCUUGUGAUAAGUGUUGUGAAUAUUAUUAAAUCAAAAGCGCUCAACCACCGGCAGUUGAAGUCUCUGCUGGAGGAUUUGGAGGCAGAAUAUGAAGACGUUCUUUACCACAACAAUGUUGGGUGGUUGAGUCUGGCCAAAGUGCUAAAGAGAGUCUGGGCAUUGAGGGAGGAAAUCAUUGUUUUCCUGGACAUGAAGGAAAUUUCUUGUGAAUUCAAAACCAAAAUGGGUGUGAAGAGUGGAGGAAAACAGAAAAUGCCUGGGAAUAUAGCAACCAAAGUUAAGAGCUAUUUGAAGAGCUUGGAGGAAGAAAUGGAAAGACGAUUUCAAGAUUUUAGUAACACUGAGCCAGAAUUUAAUAUUCUGGCUUAUCCAUUCACUGCUGAUCCGGGUGCAGCACCUGAUGAGCUGCAGUUGGAGCUGAUGGACUUGCAGUCAGAUCCCGCCAUGAAGGAAGCGUUCAAUUCUGCGAAACUAGUGGAUUUUUACAAAUCUUUGUCUGCUGACAACUUUCCUCACCUGAGGAAAUUUGCAAUGAAGAUGUUUUCACUGUUUGGGUCCACGUACAUAUGCGAGCAAAGCUUUUCGUGUAUGAAAAUUAACAAGAACAAAUACAGAGGCUUACUGACUGACACCAACUUGGAGGCAGUGCUGAGGAUAUCUACCAGCAACCUCAAUCCAGACUUUAAAUGGAUUGUGAAAAAUUGUGACAGGGUGCAUUUGUCCCAUUAA